UGCCCGAUCACUGUGCGAGCAGGAACAGUUCCAAAUGCAUACGCUCAACAGAUUUAAACAAGUAAUCGACAUUUUGUUGUGCAAUAAACUUCAGACCGUCCAUCAUGGUAUAAAAUUGGAGGUUUCUCGGGGUCUUUCUCGUCGCAUCCAAUGUGCAAUGUCUCAUACAAUGUUGAAGCCAUGCAAUGAACCUGCUUCUUCAUUCAUUGCACCUGCAGUCAAGAUAUGGGAAGUGUACGGAGUUUUCCUUGGUUUUGACGGCGGGACCUGCACCAACUGUGUCAGCGACGACCCCGGCGGUGGACAGGAACGCCAAUAAGUUGCCAGAGAUGAGGGUCAAUGUAUGGACCAACGCUCGUAUCCCCCAGGGAACACUCAUCUACCCCUUCCAAGGAACCAUUCGUCUCGAUAAGCUGGAAGUUUACAGCUACUUGGACGACAAUGACAUUCGACAUCGGUUCGGCUGUUAUGAUCAGAUAACGGAGGUGGACCGACGCCGCGUGCGUCACUGUAACUGGGUUCGAUUCCUGCGAGCCGCUUCCAACUACACCGACGAGGUGAACAUGAUCGGAACAAAAGUCAAAGGGGAGCCACUAUACGAAACUGUGAAGGCCAUUCCUGCCAACUGCGAACUCGUGGUUUACUUCUUGCCAGAGCGACCCGAGGAAAUCUUCUUCGUCCCGGCAGUUCAUUACCUCCGCAACUCUCUGUACCGCCGUACCAUGGACACCAUCCUGGAAGAUUCGCCGCUGGACCUGUCCAUGUCGCUGCUGUCUCGGGUUCUCAUCUCGAAUUCCUCCUCGCCCCCUAGCGGCGGCGACACUGACGAGCGGAAGUCCGUGUCCGGGGAAUCUCUGUCUUCCGCGGCGUCUUCAGCCGGCGAUCUGCUGGACACGUUGCGUCACGACGCCUGCGCCACCCUUCUCCAACCCUCGCCAAAGUCCCGCCCUCCGCGUGGCGAGAGAACGCUUCUCCCGUGUGAAGUGUGCGGCAAGGCUUUCGACAGACCCUCUCUGCUCAAGAGGCACAUGCGCACACACACAGGUGAGAAACCGCACGUCUGCCUGGUGUGCAGCAAGGGGUUCUCCACAUCCAGUUCACUCAACACACACCGGCGCAUCCACAGCGGGGAGAAGCCGCACCAAUGCCAGGUGUGCGGCAAGCGGUUCACUGCCAGCUCCAACCUAUACUAUCACCGCAUGACACACAUAAAGGAGAAGCCGCACAAGUGUGGUCUGUGCUCCAAGUCUUUCCCCACACCUGGGGACCUCAAAUCUCACAUGUAUGUUCACAACGGGUCCUGGCCCUUUAAAUGCCACAUCUGCAAUCGGGGGUUCAGCAAGCACACCAACCUGAAGAAUCACCUGUUUCUCCACACAGGAGACAAGCCGCACGCAUGUGAAUUGUGCCACAAGAAGUUUGCCCUGGCGUGCAAUCUGAGAGCACAUAUGAAGACGCAUGAAGGUGACCCCCAGGAAGAGUGUGUCCGUUGCGGGAAGGUAUACCUCACCUCCUCGAACCAAGUGGCACAUGGUUUCUGUGGCUCCUGUUAUACGGCCAACCAGGGUCUCCCACUCAUCAAGGAGUCCUCCCCAUCCUCUCUGAGGUCGUGCGGGGACUCUGGAAGCGAAGAGUCCUGUACUACAGGAACAGAAAGGGAUGAAGAGGACAGUCACCCAGAGUAGACGGGAGUGACAGUUGCAGGGCGUCUCAGAGGAAAACUUUGGUUUGUACAGUCCGCAGUGGAGGUUGUCCACUGAAGCACGUAGCUUGGCUUGUGCACUGAAGAAAAUCCAACACCGAGCACAAGAAGAAUAGUCUGUUUCAAUUAACACGUGAAACGCAUGAAUUGACUUGCAAAAUUGAAGAAUGUCCAUUACUUUUGACAGGAAGAGUCUCGAUUUUCAUGACCUUACGUGACUUGAAACACGUGUAACAGCUUGCAAACUGUGAGGCCUGCAAAACCAUGCAGAGGAAGUGCCUUCUCUUUUAAUAAGGUAUGAGGUGUGUACUUCGGUCGUCAUACUGAAGAUUGCCAAACACUUUUUGCAGUGAUCAUUUUUUAUUUAAAUACUAUAAUCAGGAAAAUCUGUAAUGUGGCUUUGGCCCCCAAAACAAUGAAUGUCAAGCACUUUUCACACAAAAUUCUCCCGUUGUAAUGAAGUAUUGAACAUAUUUCUAAACUGCUACCAAGAAAUUAUAAGAAGCACAACUCACGGUGUGUUUCAAGAAUGAAUUGUACCUAACUCCCCUUUGAAUCAAGUGGACAGGAACAAUAUUUUCAGUAUGGAACCUAAACACACACAUUUUCAAGUGCACAAUGAAGAGCGUGAAGUCAUAUUUCGAGGAGAAGAAAUCUCUUUGAAUCCAAAACACAGAAGUGUUUAGGUGAAUCGUGCAAAAUGAAAUCAGGUAAUCACAAUGCAGAGAAUUGAACUCUCCCAUCUUAAUGAAUUACAGAGUAGAGACGUGAAACAAGAUAUAUUUUGCACUCCGAGAUAAGAAGGAAAGUGCAUCAAACAAAGUGUAAACUGAUGAAGAACUUUGAUUAUUCUACACGUAUCUGUAGAACUACGUUUGAUAUAAUUAAAUGGCAAUGAGCCUUUGCAUCAACGUAACAAUGAAAUAACAGUUCUGCUCAUAGAAGCUGACCGGCUAAUCGGAAAAUGUCAAAUUUUGCCACACUAAGGAACUUGGGUACUACAGAACUUCCUUAUAUUGUCAGGCCAGUGCUAUAUUUUAACACAAUUUGUGAGAAUUAAUUAAGAAUAGGUACUCGUGUGAAAAAUACCAAGUUCCAAGUACUGUGGACAGGGAAGUAUGAUCACUCAAUGCAAUCAUUGAGGCAAUUGCAUUGAGUGAUAGUAGCAGAAAUAAAAGGAAAGAAAUUAUAAUGCUGACUCAACAGUGUUUUUUGAUCAUUUUCAAAAUAAUACCGCAAUUAUUAACAGUUCCAUAUACAUGACCUUGGACAGAACAUCGACAUUUUCAAUAGAAAUGUUCGUGAAUCUGAAAUUAUAUUAUUUCUUAAUUUCUCGAGGUGAAAAGUGGAUACAAAUAGUGGAAUUAUAAUUUUAUAAGAUUUUAACAAAUCCUCGUAAAAAUAAUUGUGACCAUGACUGUAUAUUGUACGUAAACACAUAUAUACCUGAGGAAACUGUAUCAUAGAAUGUGCCUUCAAGAUAUGAUGAAGACAGCGAAAAUUUCAGAAGCAAUGUAGGAUAAAACUGUGGGGGGUAGUGUAGUCUUAAUAUAAUAGCUGUAAAACUUUGGGGCUGGAACAUAUUUAGGUGCCACGUUUAGUAUUUGGGAACUAACACUCAAAUGUGGAGAACAAUAAAGACAUUAACGCCAUCCACACUGCAGACUGGGAUGAACAGCGUGUACAUAAGUGUGAAAAACAAAGCUCUUUCAUAAGUCUGUGUGGCAUUUUAAUGAUUCUCCAAGAUGCCUUCCAUGUAAAGAGAGGCUGGUGAACCAUCAUCAAAAGCAAAGCAGAUGAAACAAAAAGGAUUAUAUGACGGCAUUAAAUAGGGUUAUCUGUAAUGAUUAAGGUAAGGUAGCACCUAAGUGCUAAGUGCUAAAAUAAACAGUAUGUCUAGCAUGGAUUACUUAGUUCAAAAGCGAUCGUAAUGAAAACGGGGGUAUUAGAAAAGGAGUGGUGGGGUCAUGUAGGAUGCACAGGUUAAUGAUUCAGCACAACGCAUGUAUGUCACCGAAAACUGUUUUCUCCUGUAAAGGUAUACAUGAAAGAAAACUUCGGAAUAUCCAGUGUCAAGAGAACACUCUUUCAUAUGAAGUUGUUAUUUUCGAUAAAGUGGCGCUGGGGUGGGUUUUCUCCGAGUACUUCGGUUUCCCCUGCCAAUCUUCA